UAGUAGAGCAAGUGACAUUAUGCCACCAGCACCAGCAACUGCUUCGAAAGGAGCCAAGAAGGCCUCCAAGGCCAAGACCUCUCGCCCUGCCGGGGACAAGAAACGUAAGAAGAAGAGGAAGGAAAGUUAUUCCAUCUACAUCUACAAAGUGAUGAAGCAAGUCCACCCGGACACUGGCAUCUCCAGCAAAGCUAUGUCCAUCAUGAACAGUUUUGUCAACGAUCUGUUCGAAAGAAUAGCUUCUGAAUCCAGCCGCUUGGCUCACUACAACAAACGUUCGACCAUCAGUAGCCGUGAGGUGCAGACUGCUGUCCGUCUUCUCCUUCCUGGUGAGUUGGCCAAACACGCCGUCUCUGAGGGUACCAAGGCCGUCACCAAAUACACUAGCAGCAAAUAAACCUGCUUCGUUUCUCUUCAUCGAAGAAUAACGGUCCUUUUCAGGGCCACCCACAUUCUCAUGAAGGUUAAUUCCGGUUUUCUGCCGAUUUGCGAUUUUUCUUUUUCUUAUUGUGAGUAGACUUUAAGGAGAGUUUUGAAAAUAAUGGUUUUUCCUACAAAUAACAGCCCUUAAAUCAUACCUUUUCGCUUGAAUUUUUUUUUACCGAGAGUUUUCUAGACUGCUUAAAGUUGCUUCAGAUAGUUUCAAACGGUUCUCUGGAAAUAUCCGAAAGAUUCCCGUCAAAACGGAGAAAUUCCAACUUAUAAUGUUGAUGUUCGCUGGAGCAUUUUCGAAAAGGAAAGCUUAAUGUUUUACUUUCACUCCUGGUCACCGAAACAAAAGCGAAAUAACCCAGUGAAAAGGGUGUGAGAAAAAUGUGCAUUAAACGAAAGAUUUACGCCAACGGACUUUCGGAAGAUUCACAGGAUCCGAUUUUUUCCCCUCAACUUAGGAAUAUGGAUGUUUUUAAUUAAAUUUUUUCCGAGGGAGUGGGGCACGGAUUUCCCAACCUUCGGGAAAAAGAUAAAAAUAUACAAACGAGGAAUUUCGUAGAAACACAGCCAAUCUCGCUUUUCGUCUGUAAUGGUUUUUGAGUUACGAAGUGAGGUGGCAAAGUGAAAACAUUUUUAAAAGGGCAACCAUCGUUGAAUCAACAGACAUUACGGAUCUUUUCGGUUUGAGCGGCAGUUUACUUCGUGUACUGGUGGAAUGUGUUUAUAAAACAUCUUUUUCUCUUGGCUUUAUUGAGAUGUU